AUGCACAUUUCAUACAUCUCCCUGGCGUUCUUCGCCAUUGGCGCCAUCGCGGCGCCCGCCGCUCCCAAGCCUACCAGCGACGUCGAAGACACCGCUACCGGAUUCCCUUUCACCUCAAUCGGCUCCAGCAUCGAGGACACCGAGGAGGGACUCGGACACUCCUUCUCCUCAGCCCUAGAGGAAAUGAAGAAGUCCGCUCAGCACGCCUCUUUCACCUCAGUGUCUCGGUCCAGCCUGCAGAAAGCCACGCCCACUCCCACCAACACAGCCGCGAACUUCCCCGAUCCUGUCGUCUCCCAGGCCUCAACUCUCUCUCACGCCUCCCAUGUCGCCUUGCAGACCCCUGAGGCUUCCAGUUCUGCCCCAACCACUGCCUCAACCACUCCCUCAACCACCGCCAUCCCCACUCCCUCUAAGAGUAACUCUGCUUCUGAUUCCUCCAAUGCAACUCCCUCCUCUACCGCGGCUACGGCUACUACGUCUGACCCCGUUCGGGGCUUUCUCAAGGGUCUUCCCAUUCUAGGGGAUCUCGUUGUCGGUUCCAUGGGUGGCCUCGGUCUCCAUCGUUGA